AUGACGACGCCACAGAACCCCCCGGCCAAGCGCCUCAAGCGCGAGGAAUAUCGUCGCGAACUCCAGGCGCAACAGGAGUCCACCGACGAUGGCUCCGUGAUUAAGAUGCCGCAGAAGAAAUUCUUCCGCCAACGUGCGCAUGCGAAUCCCUUCUCCGACCACCGACUGGAAUACCCUAUAAGCCCCGCGCACAUGGACUGGUCCUCCCACUACCCUGCCUUCGUGGACCCGGAUCCCACCAAGACAAAUCUCAGCGGCGCGCGCAAGCUGACCAAGGAUGUCGAGGUCGUGGAUAUCGGCUGCGGCUUCGGUGGAUUGAUGGUUGGUCUUGCGCCAUUGCUGCCAGAUACUUUGAUGGUCGGCAUGGAAAUCCGCACCUCAGUUUUGGAAUACCUCAGCUCGCGCAUCCACGCACUCCGCAGCCAACAACAGCGUCUGAAGAACCGAGCCGAAACAUCUACCGAACCGCAGCCGGAAGGCGAAGAAGCCCCCGUCAACGACGACGACGUCGGCACCACCAAGAUCUACCCUGGAAACUUCGAAAACAUCACUGCCAUCCGCAGCAACACCAUGAAAUUCCUUCCGAAUUUCUUUGCGCACCACCAACUCUCCAAGAUCUUUAUCUGUUUCCCGGACCCGCACUUCAAAGCCCGCAAACACAAGGCGCGCAUUGUCUCCGAGUCUCUGAACACGGAAUAUGCCUAUGUUCUGCGUCCCGGUGGCUUGCUGUACACCAUUACCGAUGUGGAAGAGUACCAUCAUUGGGUUCUGCGGCAUUUCCUACAUCAGCCCGAGGAGCAGCGGGAGGAUGGCACCAUUCCCGACAGCAGCAAGGAUCUCUUCGAGCGGUUGUCCGAUGAGGAACUUGAGGCCGAUCCUUGUGUGCGGGUGAUGAAGUACGAGACGGAGGAGUCGAAGAAGGUGACGCGCAACAACGGCAAGAAGUUUGUUGCUGUUUUCAGACGCAAGGCGGACCCAGAGUGGUCUACCUGA